CGGGUAAAUACGUAACUUCGAAAUUGAGCAAGGUAGGCUCUUAUGAACAGAACCAUCGUCAUUACAAGUCAAAGAGUCAAAGCAUCAUCUCCUCGCGAGGACGAGAUACGUGGACUUGAGUGCACUUUUUUUCAGCGGCGUGAGUCGCCGUCAUCGUCGUUCUUGUUCAAGCAACAAUCCAAUCCGCCUGACGAGAAAGGCAAAAAAAAAAAGAUUUCACUCGUGUCCGAGCUCCUAAGGAAGAAAAUACAAGAAGUCAUCUUGAGUGAAUGUGUUAGUUCGUCCAUCUUCUGCUUCGCUCGAGUUCAAAAUUAAUGUCUCAACUUUGAGCAACAUCAGUUGGGAGGAGAGAGGUUUCACUCUCUCUUGAAUCGGAUUUUAAUUCAUUGAGAAAACUGAAGAAAACCAGCAUCAUGUGCAGCUAACUAGUAGCUAAGUCUUGAAGUUCUAUCUCAUCUUCUCUCAUACCAUAUCCCCCGGAGCCAUGAGUUCCCCGCAUAUUGUCAUUCAAAAGAAGCCAAGGCCCGCCCACUACGGCACACCCGUGGCUGGAAGUAAGACUGAAGCCCGUGGCAAGGCUGCUCAUCAAAGACUGUCUCUGGAAGUGUUGGAGCUGUGUCUCAUAAUCCAGGAUUACGGAGUCAAGGAUCCCAACACCGGCUUAGCUUCGAUCAAGUUCGGUCGGCUCUUUGAUAUCUACACGAAUAUUAGUGAUAAAGUGGUGGGAGUUUUGUUGCGGGCCCGGAAGCACAGCCUCCUGACUUUUCAAGGUGAGAUCCUGUUCCAAAGACAAGAUGAUCACGUGGACAUUACGCUUUUGAAAUCCGUGGACGAAAUCAGAACAAUCAUUGGGCCCGUCGUCUCGGAAGCGAAAGAAGACUUUGAAUGGGGGAAAUGCAUUUCAAGAUCAUGAAAUCGAUCAUCUGCUGCCGCCCAUGUGGACGAUGUGAUAUUUCAAUACCAGCCAAGAGCAAGCACAAAAGACGUAUACUAGAGAUCGAUGAAUAAAUGAGGAUAUAAACCACGA